AUGGGUCAACCAGAGAACUGCACGAACGUUCUGAGCUCUGCUGACUUCCAGAAACGCAUCCUGACAACCAUGAGCAUAAUCAGACACACCCAAACUGAAACUAUCGACAUGCUGUCAACCCUGAUGAUCACAAGUGAAAAGCCAGCGGAAAGCUGCAUGCCAGAUGUUUUGGCUGAGCCACUGGAAUCUGUUGAAGCUGUCAAGGCAUUUGACGCCAGUCUCACUGAUGAGAAACGUGAAGCCUUGAUUGUCGAAAUGACUACUUUUGGUGCAAGAACAUUAAAUGUCACCGUGAAGACAAUGUUGAAUCAUUUAAUGAACGAUGUUGCUGCAAUGCACUUCAGUAUGCAUGGCCGCAAAGGCAAGGAGCGCUUCAGAGACCUCCAACUGUGGAAGGUGCUUUUUGAAGCCGUGAGGCGGACAAAAUACCUGAAGGACGCAACAUGGAGUGAAGUGGAAUUCCAAAUAAAAGAGUGGCUGCGUCGUGCUAAAGAGCGGUACAUGGCGAAGAAAACCUAA